AUGGAUGGCCAAGAGCUGUGGGAGACGGAGAGUGAGGACUCAGCCAAGGGAGAUGCCGUCGGCGAAGUCGUUCUGUGCUGGAUUGGUGUCUAUGAGCUGACGGCAAUGAACCGGGCCUUUCCGGUGUGCAGUGUGUUUCGGGACGACUGGGAAGAUUGGGAGGCUUGGGAGCCUUGGGACUUUGAGGCCCCGGCGACCUUUGCUACGGCUUCUGCGCUGCUCGUUGCCCUUCCCUUCUUUUGUUUUGCUCGGGUUCUGAGCUUCGCAGGGUCGAGUGCGACACUUGCACCGAGGCCCAAGGCAAAAGGAAGAGUCUUGACAGUGAAAGCAGCACAUGCACGGACCGAGGAAAGGCAAAGGCAUUGCUGUAAGCAUCUCAGAUCUCAGGGCUUUUGUUUGCACGGGUCUGUGGACGGAUCCGGGCACUUGGCCUGCUGGUACUGUCCUUGCCGCUUCUCGGAGCCAGAGGCUCUGAACCAGCACGGGGAGGCGGAGCAUUCGGCGGCCAUCACUGCCUGGAUUCGCAAGCGGCGAAAGGCUAAGGCCGCCACACGGCGACAGGCGGCACAAGCGGCACAAGCGGCAGCUGGGCGCUCGGGGCGCUCGGGCGCAAGAGGCGCCGGCCACGCGAGCCACGCUUUUUCAUCGUCAUCGGCUGCGGCGCGCUGA